UGUUAGUGCGGCGGAGUGGAAUAUCAUCAUUUGCUUUGCCGGACGUUUGUGAGUAAAUAUCAGCUGGAUGCAUAGCGCUAUUCCGCGAUAGCGUGCCGACGUGCGAGCGCGACGACAUUAGGGAUCUUCACGGCUGUUCCACGAGAGAGAGCCACGACGAUGGGCCUCUUUCAGACCUCCUCGCCCUUCGACGCUGACGUCGAAAAGGCAACUAAUGAGAACAAUGUAACGGAAGAAUGGGGAAAGAUAAUGGAUAUUUGUGAUAAAGUCGGCACCUCCAGUCAAAACGCUAAGGACUGUUUACGUUCUAUCGUUAAAAGAUUAUACUGUCAGGAUCCUCAUGUGGUCAUGCAAGCUAUAACAUUGUUAGAUGCUUGCGCCAGUAAUUGUGGAAAAGUUUUCCACUUGGAAAUUGCGUCCAGAGAUUUUGAAAAUGAUUUAAGAAAGCUUAUUAACCAUCCACAACCGAAAAUAGUAGAUAAAAUCAAAACACUUUUGAAAAAAUGGGUAGAAGGUGAUUUUAAGACAGAUCCACAAUUGAAUCUAAUUCCAAGUUUAUAUAACAAACUGAGAAGCGAAGGCUAUGAUUUUUCUUCUGUUUCGGAUACGCCAAAACGUUCUAGCACUUUAAGCAGAGAUCCUAAUGUAGUAACAAAUUCGCAAGAAGAAUCAGAUAUCGCAAGAGCCAUACAACUUUCGUUACAAGAAAGUAAAACUCAUACUCAAAGCACUUCAUCGCAUAGCUCGCCAGCCUCUAAAAAAAGCACUAGUUUAUAUCCUAGUAUGAAUUCUGUGGUUGGAGCAUCUAACACUUCUCAAGAAGGCAGAAAAGUACGUGCUCUAUAUGAUUUUGAAGCUGCAGAGGAUAAUGAACUGACAUUCUUAGCAGGAGAAAUAAUUAACAUUUUGGACGAUUCUCAUCCAAAUUGGUGGAAAGGUAGUAAUCAAAGAGGCGAAGGACUUUUUCCCUCCAAUUUUGUUACUGCUGAUUUGUCUGUUGAACCAGAAGAAUUUACAAAAUUGGAACAUAGUAACAAGAAAUUAGUGCAAUUCGCAGAAGAAGUAGAAGUAAAAAUGGUAAAACGUGAACCUGAAGUGGUGGAAGUUGAAAUAGAUGAAAAGAAAAUGGAUAGAUUAUUACAUCUGCUUCACGAAGCUGAUCCACAAUGUGAUACCUCCGAUCCUCAGGAAAUGCUCGAUUUAGAAGAACAAGUCACGGCAAUGGGACCUUUGAUCGACGCGGCUUUGGAAAAAGUAGACAGGCGGCAUGCGCAGCUUACUCAAUUAAGUUCUGAUUUGGUCGACGCUCUUAAUUUGUAUCACACCUUGAUGAGAGAACCUCCAACGCCGUCUGGUUACACUUUGCCUAAAAUGCAGCCACAUAUAAAUCCUUAUCCAUUCCACAAUCCGGGACCACCACCAACGCAUAUGUUUAAUGGUAUGCCGCCUUCUCCGUUCCCCACUGGAGCUGCCUCAGGUCCGGUGGGACCAUAUAACGCGAAUUUGCCAAGCACCGAGUACAUGGGUCCUACCAGUAUGCCAAACAUGACUUUACCCCAACAUUUUCAUGUUCAAUCAGGAUCCCGCCAACAUCCACCUGGACACUCACAAGGGUCAUCUUUGCCGCCGCCUGAUCAAACUAAUCUACCUUAUCAACCACAAGGCAGAUAUCCACCUCAAAGCGGCCCAGCACCCGGGCCAUAUGGUCCGCCUGGACCUACAGGACCUAUAAAUCAGCAAUCGCAAUAUGCUCCACCAAACGGGCAACACAUGAUGUAAAGCAAAAUUAUGCGUUACAAACUCAUCUUGUACUCUAAUUCAAGCUGUACAAUAUUACUAUAUUAUAAUUAUUUAAAUAAACAUACCCAAAGUAGCCAAAGAUAAUGGGUUUUUAAUAAAAAUUUUAUGUUUUAGGAUGUACUAUUUUAUAAGUAUGUACAUGCAAUUAGGAAAAGCAAAGCAGAA